CGCCUGUGUUGGUGCCUAGGCGCUUCCGGUGGAGGAUCUUCUAUUAGCACGGAGGUCGCUAGUCUGGCGUCGGGGGCACUGUUGGCGUUGGGUGGGCGGCUUCUGUGGGCCCACAUGAACCACUGGCAUCAUGCCCGCAGCGACUGGGGCCAGGGACGGGCCUUUUCUGGACAGUCCUCAUCCAAAAAGAAGGGCAAAAACCACAUCCCCGAAAGGUGGAAAGACUACCUCCCAGUUGGGCGGCGGAUGCCUGGGACUCGUUUCAUUGCUUUCAAAGUUCCUUUGAAAAAGAGUUUUGAAGGGAAACUUGCUCCAGAAGAAUGUUUUUCCCCUUUGGAUCUUUUUAACAAAAUCCAAGAACAAAAUGAAGAACUUGGACUGAUUAUUGAUUUAACAUAUACUCAGCGUUAUUAUAACCCAGAGGAUUUCCCGGAAGCUGUUCCUUACUUAAAAAUAUUUACAGUUGGACAUCAGGUUCCUGAUGAUGACACUAUUUUUAAGUUCAAACAUGCUGUUAAUGGGUUUUUGAAAGAAAAUAAAGAUAAUGACAAACUUAUUGGGGUCCACUGUACCCAUGGUUUAAACAGGACUGGCUAUCUCAUCUGCAGAUAUUUGAUUGAUGUAGAAGGCAUGAGGCCAGAUGAUGCAAUUGAAUUAUUCAAUAGGUGCCGAGGACAUUGCAUAGAAAGAAUAAACUACAUUGAAGACCUUCAGAAUGGUCCUGUCAGAAAGAAUUGGGGUUCCGGCGUAUCCAGGUCAAGUGGUUUUGAAGAAUCAGCACAUUUCAUGGGACCAGUCCAUACCACCAAGGUAUUUCCUGGAACCAGCCCGUACCACCGAGGACCUGGGUAUAAUCUACAUCAGACCCAAGAUUACCCAACGCAGUCUCGGCAUUUCCAUUCUCAGACCCAGUCAGUCAGGAAAUUUUCACAAAAUCCGUAUGUUUACCGGAGAGGCCUUCUUCCACCUCCUGGUCCCCAUGGGCAGGACUAUUCACAAAGGAGAUACUCUUGGAAUGUAAAGCCAGACACCAGUCAAGCAUCCCAGAAUAAAAGGUUACCUUGUAAUAGACCUUAUGACAGACAAUGCUAUCGAUCCUGUCCUAUUGGGGAUGGUCCGAGUAACAUGAACCUCUACUAGAAAUCUGUCUGGAGACCAGAACUGGACUGAAGACAGCUGGAGUGACUUAAUUGGAGCAGGUCAAAUAAGGUUUAUUAUCUAUUUUAUUGUUCUUUUAUGUGUUAAAGCUUAUGGAAAAAUUAUAUUGAUACCUCUUUGCUGAUAAAUUUGUAGGAAGUACAACAGUAAAUGAAAAGUCUGUCAUUCCAGUCUGAAAAUUUUUUUAAGGAAAUAUUUUGGAACUGAUAAAGUAAUAAAAAAACCUCUUGUGAAUUAUAUUUUAAAAUUCUGUCUUUUCUAUGUCUGUCCUGGCUAGACUUGUAUAUGUGGAAUGUGUGUUUAUAAAAUAAAUAGUGUCUGUCAUUUUCUGUUACUG